GUGCUCCAUGGUCAAGUCACUCGUCGAUUGCCGCACCAUUCAGUUCUCUAAGCUACGCGAGCUUGACAGAUUGGGGCCUGCUGUCGACUUGAGAUUAUACCAAGACGAAGAGGGACAGCAGAGAAAAGUGGUAUUCAAAAUUUAUGCCACUUACAAACCCAGACCAAUAUCGAUGUUUUGGCCUGAACUACACCUAUUCCACAGACUGCCGCCCCACCCCAACCUGCUUGCUCUGGAUCGAGUUGUCUUAGAGGAUAUCGAGUCUCGGGUGAUAGGGUUUACUACAAGAUAUAUUUCUGGCGGAACUCUCGACAAUAUGGCUAUAGUCUUCCGACUAGAAUGGCUAAAACAGCUCCUUCAAGUGGUCGAUUUCUUGAAUCUGGAGUUGGGUGUUAUGCAUCAAGACACCGCACCCCGAAAUAUCCUCCUCAACACCGAAACAGACAAGAUCCUGCUAUACGAUAUCAACUAUUCUGCGAGCAAGAAGGAUGACCAGCUUGUGGAUCAAGACGAUGUGGCGGGCGUUACUUUUACAUUACAUGAACUCAUCCCUGGCGACCAAAGCUUCACUGCUGGUCACCAACGCAGGAAUGGAAUCAAUAUGGUGCGCGAUAUGCCAAAUUGGAUUCCCAAGCGUGAGCUGAAUGCAGAAGUGUCAGAAUUUCGGCGCGUUCUGAACGACUGGACUAUGAAACGAACAGCUGAUGGAAAUAUGAUGGAGCGAUAUUUGAAUGCAACAUCACCAAUAUUAAUACCCGAAAUGCCGACCCCACCUGAUUAUGAAAUACCAAUUUCCUACGGAGCGACUGCAAAUGGAGAACCGGUAUGGGAUACAGGGCCUUGAAAAGAAGUGAUGCCCUUAGCCUAGGUCGAUAUUGCUUCUCUUGGACUCGGCCUCCCCAGUGUCGG